AUGAAGCUUGGAGAGCGACUCUCUGCUUGCAUCCUGCUGGUACUUUCUCUGACAUGGAGCGUAAAUGGAGGCAACAUUUUGGUGUGGUACACUGAUGGCAGCCACUGGAUUAACCUGAAACCUGUGCUGGAGACGCUGAUCGACAGGGGGCACCAGGUGACGGUUCUGGUCCCGAGCGCAACACUGUUCAUGAACACCAGUGAGCCUUCCAGCAUUCGCUAUGAACCCUUCAAUGUCUCUUUCUCAGUGGAGGCUUUGAAGGAGUUCAUGGAAAAGUUCCUUCACUUCUCCAUGUACGAGAUGGAUCAUAUGAGCUACUUGCAGAUUUACAUCAAAUUCAUAGAUUUGAUGAAGCUCGACCUGCAGCAUACUUUGAAAUAUUUGGACGGCGUGCUGAAAUCAGACGCCAUCAUGAAGAGGCUCAAGGAUGGAAAAUAUGACCUUCUCUUGGCUGACCCCAUCUACGCCGGCAGUGACUUAACAGCAGAUAUUUUGGGCAUCCCCCUGGUCCUCACCCUGCGCUUUUCCCUCGCAAAUAACUGGGAGAGACACUGUGGUAAGCUACCUGCUCCACCAUCCUUUGUCCCAGGCGCUAUGAGCAAACUCACUGAUAAGAUGGACUUCACAGAAAGAGUGUGGAACUUCCUCUUCUACGCACUACAAGAUAUUGUGAUGAGUGGCAUUUAUUGGAAAGCCGUCGAUGAAUAUUACUCGGAAAUCAAAGGAACACCCACCAGUGCCUGUGAGAUGAUGGGUAAAGCAGACAUCUGGUUGAUUCGUACCUACUGGGAUUUUGAAUUCCCUCGUCCUUUCCUCCCGAACUUCAAAUUUGUUGGUGGGAUCCACUGCAGACCUGCUAAACCUUUACCAGAGGACAUGGAAGAGUUUGUGCAGAGUUCUGGAGAUGCAGGCAUUGUGGUCUUCACUCUGGGAUCAAUGAUCAAGAACAUCACCACAGAGAAAGGAAACAUGAUAGCCUCUGCCCUCGCUCAGAUCCCGCAAAAGGUGCUGUGGAGAUACAGUGGAGAAAAACCACAGACUCUGGGUGCCAACACCAGAAUAUACAACUGGAUCCCUCAGAAUGACCUACUGGGUCACCCCAAGACCAGAGCUUUCAUCACCCAUGGUGGCACCAAUGGGAUUUACGAGGCCAUCUACCACGGCGUUCCCAUGGUGGGAAUCCCCAUGUUUGCUGACCAGCCAGAAAACAUGAUCCACAUGAAGGCUAAGGGAGCUGCGACUAUUGUGGACUUUAACUUCAUGAAGACUGAGGACCUUAGAGAUGCAAUCAAUGCUGUCAUCAAUGACAAAUCGUACAAGGAGAAUGCCAUGUGGCUGUCCAGUAUCCACCAUGACAGACCAGUCAGCCCUCUGGAUGAGGCCGUGUUCUGGAUCGAGUACACCAUGAGAAACAAAGGAGCCAAGCACCUGAGGGUCCAGGCCCAUGAGCUCACCUGGUACCAGUAUCACAGCCUAGAUGUCCUGGGCCUUCUCCUCGCCAUCGUUCUCUUCCUCAUACUCCUCUUCAUCAAGACCUGCAAAUUCUGCUUCCGGAGGUGCUGUGGCCAAAAGGGAAAAACAAAGACAAAGGCUGAGUAACUGAAUUGUAAUGUAGUUGGUGAAGUUGAUGGGCAAGAAAAAAACAGUUCUGAAACAUGUAAUGGAAUGAAAUGUGUGGAUUGGGAUGAGUUA